AUGGAAACCCAGCCACCUCAAGCUCUCGCCAGCUCUCAAGCCGCCGCGGAAGUAUCGAGUAUAGCGCUGUCAAUGCGCAUACCUCCCUUCUGGCGUGAAAACCCACGGCUGUGGUAUCACAGUUUUGAAGCAGCCACUGACGACCUCAAGAAAAGCUCUGCUCAAUUAACGCAGAUGGUUCUGGUACAACUGGAGAAGCCGGAUAUCGAACAAAUAUCCGACAUUUUGUUCAACAUACCGAAAGAGCAGCAGUACCAAGCGAUCAAAGAGCGUCUUAUCUCAGUAUACGAGGAGUCCGACAGCCGUCAAUUUCAGAAACUAUUAGCCGAAAUGGAGCUCGGCGAUCAAAAGCCGACUCAGCUACUCCGACGCAUGAAGAAUCUAGCCAGAGAUAAGAUCUCAGACUCGACGCUGCGAAUGAUGUGGACGAAAUUAUUACCCGCUCACGUUCGCUCCGUACUCGCUGUAAGUGAACAAUUCAGCUCUAAGACGACACUUGAAGAGCUAGCUAUGCUCGCUGACAAAAUGAUAGAACAAACCCAGGAGGGUGUAUCGAAGAUGUACGCCAGUUCGGUUCUUGUAGAGGCCUUUGUGAAUACAUAA